AGGUACAUAUUAUAAAAUUGGCUUUUCUCAAAUAUUUAAAUGGAUUCCAUAUGUGUGAUGUUAAAGUAACUUUGUUAUAAAGAUACUGGUUUUAUUUCUGUUGUUAAUUAAGCUUAGACAUAGUAGUGAAAUAGCUAUGCUUGUGUUAAAAUGCCUGCUUGGAUGGGAUAACAUCCAGUGAACGCAGGAUGAGGACACCUGCUAUUGAUACGCCAACUAUCAGCACUCACUGCAGACAGUGUGGAUUUCUUGAUUAUCUCAUCUCUUUCUUGAGCUAGUUAAAAAGUAUCUUACAUAGCAUAGUUUCUAUUUUAACAUUAUGUUAUAACCUAAAACUACGUUUAACACACUACUUAAGAAAAUUAAUUUUUUCUGGAAAGCGACCUCAUGAGGUGACGACAUUAAUAUGAACUAUGGUUGGAAGACUAGCCAGCCAGUGAAGCCUCAGAAUUCCGGAAUGCACCAUCUUAUGGACCAACAAGCAACCAGGAAAAGGACAAAUCAACAAGUGGAUUGAGAGCGCAGCACCUGGUGUCCUUCUGCGAAACCCCCCGGGUCCAAGGAAACAGCCUGUGCUGCAGGCAGUUUGUCAGUUUGUAUCUCUGUCUUGCCGCCUAGGCCCCAGGCUGACCCUGAGGUCUCCUCUUCAGUUGUCUGGAUUUUUAAUAAACAGGCCCGAGCCUUUCAAAAGAGCUUGGCCUCAUUUCGCCUGUUUAUAUCAGCCAGCAUUGUAACACAGUGCAGAAAUAGGUUUUCUGUAUGGCUGGCAUGGAGUUCUAUCUGAUAAAACCCUCUUUGCUCCCGAGCUGAGCACUUGCUCUGUUUGCAGCCUCUUCUACAGCAAGGGCUCAUUGCAAUGGUCAUAGCAGGAGUGGGUGGUGUGAACACACUUAUUUAUACUGGUCUGGGAAGGUGCAUUGUUCUUCCAGGCUGGUCAGUUUGUUUUGCACCAGUCAGUCUUGCUAGAACUUGAGAUUCAGUGGCAAAAACAGAAGAGAAAAACUUCAUGUUCGUAUUUGCCAUCGUCACUACACAGAGAAUGAUUGAGCGCGGUGUCGCAGAUGUUGGCUUUGGUGUCACAAACACGCGACGCCUGCCCUCCCGCGUUCCAGUGUUGCCAGGAGCUGCGCCUGACCCCUCACAGGAGCCCUGGAGUGCAGCUUCCCUGCAGCUGGGACGCUCUUCUCGCGCUCCCGCAGGCUCCCGCAGGCUCCAUGUCAUCGCUGGGGCGGUCCGAGGCGGCGGAGCAGACUCUGCUCGUGGGCAACUUGGAGAGCCGGGUCCGGGAGGAGAUCCUCUACGAGCUCUUCCUGCAGGCUGGACCAUUAACCAAAGUGAUGAUUUGUGAAGACAAAGAAGGAAAGCCUGAGUCUUUUGGCUAUGUCUGCUUUAAACACAAAGUGUCAGUGCCUUACGCAAAAGCUCUGCUGGAUGGAAUCCGUCUGUACGGGAGACCAAUUACCGUGCAGUAUUGGAGGGGGAGCUCUCCCUCACCAGAACUAGACAGUUGUACAGAUGGUUUUGAACACCAUAUUGACUUAGAGUCUCCUGCAGACAGGCAUCGAGAGCUUUCUGAAAAUUCUCCAUUUCCUGUUACUCCUUUGCCAGUGAGCAACAGUUUACUUCAUGAUCACCCUGGCUUUCAAGAGGUGGUAUAUAGCUUAAGAAAGCUGAAAACGGUGAAGUCUACGAAACUCUCUCCUGAACUGUGUUCCCAAUGGUGGGACAAGUUGACCUCAUUGGACUACGACCAUGCAAGCAACAGAUUCUUCACAUAUAGCUAAUAGGGGAACCUCUUAGUUCUUCUUCUCAAUUCAGAAAUGCCCAGCAGAAGUUCUAAAAUGUGCUAAAACCUAAUCUAAAAGUCAGUGAAUCACCAAUGCCCAAGUUCGGGAAACAACAGUCUGAGGGUUUCUGGCCUAAACCUUCACAUGCCUGUGUAGGUCUCUCCUUCAUGAUUUGCUUUCACAGCAGUAGAUGACAAGAACCCACACUUCACUUCCCCUCUACAAGACUCUGGUGCAUCAGCCCAUUAUCACCCUAAGCUCUUCUGCCUGAGAUAUUCCACAAAGCAAGGAAACUGGUCUCUUCAGGUGGAAAUCUGUUCAUCAAACCUACUCCCCAAACACAUCAUGAAGCUUCUGAAUCUGGUGAGUCUGUGGACUGAUAGGACUGAAGAAACCCAGCCUUUACUGUGAGGUACCAGCAGUGGACAGUCCUGCUCACUGGGUCUGGGGACUGGCCAGCCCUUGGAACUAUAGAAGGGGCAGUCUGGAUCAGUUACUCUUGUUGGCUGCAGUCUGAGCAGGAAAACGGAGAGCAUCUAUUUUCCAUCUAUGGGGUGGGGCCUGCUCUCCCAUCAUCCCAUGCUGUGCCCUGGGAAGAACUGGAACUUGUAUGAAGUUGCCCAUCUCCUCUACUCCCUUUUGAAGGCUCAAGUGCACCAUCUUACCCUCUGUGCUUGCUGAUGAACCUGCUUCUCAGUAACAAGGCAGUACGCAGCACACACAACCAACUUCAUCCCAUUUUCUGCUUGCCAGAGAGGAUGGUAUUGCAGCGUGUCUCACAUGAUAGUUUGUUGAAGCUUCAGCAGAAAGUGGUCUCGUCACUUGUAUGCCUCAACAAAUCUACCUCACCUUACCUUGGCAGGUUGCCAGGCUGGUUGCUCACUUGGGAAUCUUUCAAUGUCCUUGUUGGAAUGCUUUGUUCCACAUCGACUUUAAAAUUCAUUAAACCAGGUUUGAAGAACUUGCAGAUGUGCAUGCCUUUACAGUACCAGCAGCACUGCAGUUACAAAGAUUUAUCAAAUAGAGAUGAAGAAAUGAAUACCGUGUUUGUUUACCUUAUGUGAGGAAUAACUGGCAAUUUAGCCUUAAAUCACGUUGUCUCUGUUCUAACUUUGCCAUGAAAAAUUUGUCUACUUUUCUGAACUAUACUAGUUGUUGUCAUAAAAUAGCUUUACUCUCAAACAUUCUGUGUUAUUUUAUAGUUUGUUGGUAUUUUAAUUGAUUGAGGCAGGAUGCAUGCAAAAUGAAGUUCUUUAAAAUUUCCUCUUCACAAUGGAAACAACUCAAGUUUCUAUUUCUCUAAAUGUACCAUGUUCUGGCAUAGCAGUAUACAGUACAGAGUCCAAUGGGUUAACAAUUUCUUUAUUAGCAAUGCCUUCAGACUUAUCCUUUUCUCCCUAUCAGAAUCAAACUGCACAAGUCAAGACUGCACGGAGUUAUCCUGAAUUGCCACAUCCAAGUGACUGUGAAGUUCACCAAGAGGGAUGAAAGAAAGAGAAAAUGGCAAAGUUGUGACAAUGACUAGUACUGAAGAUAAUUAAAGGAGACAAAGACAGUGUGGCCAAAACUGGUGGGGAAAAAAACCCCAAGAAAAAGACAUAUUAAUACUGUAUAUUUUUUAUUACUAUAUUUCCUUUCAUCUUUGAACUUGAUUAAAGAAGGAAUGUUCAAGAUUCAUAGUAUUUUUGGAAUGCAUUCUGCAUACAAACUUAGAAUACCCCGAGUCAGAAGGGUCACGUAGUCCAGCCGGACCCUUACCCUCCAUGCUGUCCCCCUUCCCAUCCCCUCCCAGCACACCAGCCCCCUGGGGAACAAGUGCUCCCCAAAACCCUACCAGAGCCCACUGAAAUCGCAAGCUCUGGCUUUUGUGCCCCUUCUACACCGUCUGCCACAACUGAAAGGAGUCUGGCUGGCUGUACUUGCAAUGGCCCUUUAAGUAGCUGCAAAUUUCACGGGCUCAGCUACAUCAACCUCUUACCUUUACUUAUCCCCAAUAAAAGGCAUUGAUUUGAAAUAUAUUCACAGAAUACUUAGCUGGUGGUUGGAAAGGAGCUUUGGAGAUCAUCCAGUCCAAUCACCCCACCAAUGUAGGGUCACCUGGAGGGGACACAGGAACGUGUCCAGGUAGGUUUUUGUCUUGAAUCUGGAGAAGGAGACUCCACAGCCUCUCUGGGAAGCUGUCCC